AUGUCGAAUUACGCGUUCCUGUACAAGUACAUCGUUAUCGGGGACUCGAGCGUCGGGAAGAGUUGCCUGCUCGUGCAGUUCCUUGAAAAGAAGUUUAAGAUCGACCAUGACCCCACUAUCGGUGUCGAGUUCGGGGCCAAGGUCAUCACCGCUGCGGGGCACAGCAUCAAGCUGCAGAUCUGGGACACUGCCGGCCAAGAGACUUUCAAGUCCAUCACCCGCUCCUACUACCGCGGGUCCAUCGGCGCACUGCUGGUCUACGACGUGUCCAAUCGCGAGUCCUUCGACAAUCUAGCCAAGUGGCUUGAAUAGACCCGCAGCUACUCGAACGACAAGAUCUCGCUGAUGCUGAUCGGCAACAAAAAUGACCUGGAGGACCGCCGCGUCGUCAAGGAGGCCGAGGGGGCUGACUACGCCAAGCGCCACGGCAUGAUGUUCAUGGAGACCUCUGCCAAGAACAACACCAACGUCGAUGCAGCCUUCGCCAAGCUCACUGAGCAUAUCAGCGAGCGCAUAGCGAACAAGGAGAUCGACCCGACCAACGAGUCGCUGGGAAUCAAACUUGGCACCGCCAUCCAGGGGGAGGCGAGCGCGCCCAAGAGCAAGUCGUGCUGCUGA